AUGUCCUUCCUCUUUGGCGGUGGUCGACCUCAACCGACCUCCGCAGAAAAGAUUGCGGCGGCAGAAAAUGAAGUCGAGAUGGUCUCGGACAUGUUCAAUAGAUUAACACAAUCCUGCCUCAAGAAAUGCAUACCGGCCGACUACCGUGAAGCCGAUCUCAACAAGGCCGAGAGCGUCUGCCUCGAUCGAUGUGUGGCGAAAUUCUUUGAAGUCAAUAUGAAAGUGUCAGAAAAGAUGCAGGGCGAGGCGGCCAUGAGACAAGGGGGUGCUACUGGUGGAGGAGGUAUGUUUGGAAUGUAA